UCUCUCUUCCCUGGGAUGCCUUCAAUUCGUCCGCGCAUUCCAGUCCGAAUGAGCUCCUCAGCCGCCGCGACAGCCACAGCCACAGCCCCAGCAGCGUCGUCCGAGGAAGCAGCCUCGAAGGCCGCCAAAGCCAACUACAAGAUCGUCAUGCACCCCCCAUACCCGGGCUGGGAAUACGGGCAAGGUGUGCCGGACAACGGCGCCAGCGCCCGCAAGCAGCACCGCGAGAUCGACCCCUACGCCAGCGACCGCCUGGCCCUAAACGACUACCGGGUCCUGGUAUCAGGGAUCGCGCUGCGACCCGUCGGCUUUCUGAGCACCGUCUCCGCAGACAGACGGACGAAGAACCUCUCCCCGUUCAGCUACUUCCAGGUGGUCGACCACGACCCGCCCAUGUUCAUCGUGGGAUUCUCCUCGCGGCCGGGCCGUGUCAAGGACACCUACCAGAACUUGAAAGAGACGGGGGAGUGCGCUGUCAAUGCGACAUCGACUGAUGCGCCGUAUGGCGUCUCCCAGUGGGAGAUCUCGGGGCUGCACGAGGCACCGGCGACAAGCAAGGUGCUUGAGGUCAAAGAGUUCGCGGCGCAUUUCCCCAGGAUGAGCGAGUCCGCUGUCGUGCUUGUCAAGGCGACGCGCUUUUGGGUGGAGGAGGGCACUUCCAAUGCGGAUUUCAGUCACAUUGACCUGGAGAAACUGCGGCCAGUGUCUCAGCUUGGCGGUCGUCCGCGAACUAAGUGGGAGAAUGACGCGCCUGAAGAAGCCAGUUGUUGA